CCGUGGAGGGGUCCGGGCCACAGCUGCCCCAAAAGCUGAGCCCCCACCAAGUGAGAAGAGGCUGCGAGGGAACGGGAGGGGCAGGCCGGGAGAGAGAGAAGGAAGGAGGGGCGCUGGCCAGCCUGCGUCCCCCCCACGGGGCCAGCUCAGAUUCAGCUCCAGGAGCAGCCCAGCGGCAGGAGCUCGGCAGCCCCAUCGUCCGGUGAAGGACAGCAGGCGGACGGACACGCAGACGAGGGUCCUGGGCCGGGAAGUCCUCAGCCCCGAGCCACCCGGCCGGGCCUGGCCCCCAUGGCCUUCAAUGACCUCCUGAGGCAGCUGGGGGGCAUCGGCCGCUUCCAGAAGGCCCAGGUCACUCUGGUCAUCCUGCCCAUGCUCCUGAUGGCCUCCCACAACACCCUGCAGAACUUCACCGCCGCCGUCCCCCCCCACCACUGCCGCCCGCCCGCCAGCGCCAACCUCAGCCGGGACGGGGGGCUGGAGGCCUGGCUGCCCCGGGACGGGCAGGGGCGGCCCGAGUCCUGCCUCCACUUCACCUCCCCACAAAGGGGGCUGCCCUUUCCCAACGGCACGGAGGCCAACGGCACGGAGGCCACGGAGCCCUGCACCAAUGGCUGGAUCUACGACAACCGCACCUUCCCUUCCACCAUCGUGACCGAGUGGGACCUCGUGUGCUCGCACAGGGCCUUGCGCCAGCUGGCUCAGUCCCUGUACAUGGUGGGGGUGCUUCUGGGAGCCAUCGUGUUCGGACACCUGGCAGACAGGCUGGGCCGCCGGAAAGUGCUGAUCCUAAGCCACCUGCAGAUGGCCGCGUCGGGGACCUGCACAGCCUUCGCUCCCAGCUUCCCCGUCUACUGUGCCUUCCGGCUGCUCUCGGGCAUGUCAACAUCUGGCAUCAUCCUCAACAGCAUGACCCUGAACAUGGAGUGGAUGCCCAUCCACACGCGGGCGUACGUGAGCACGCUGGCCGGCUACGUCUUCAGCCUGGGCCAGUUCGUCCUGGCGGGCGCCGCCUACGCCGUGCCCCACUGGCGCUACCUGCAGCUGCUGGUCUCCGUGCCCUUCUUUGUCUCCUUCGUCUACUCCUGGUUCUUCAUCGAGUCAGCCCGCUGGUACGCCUCCUCCGGGAGGCUGGACCUCACCCUGAAGGCCCUGCAGAGAGUGGCCCAGAUCAACAGGAAGCGGGAAGAAGGGGCCAAGCUAAAUAUGGAGGGCCUCCGGUCCAGUCUGCAGAAGGAGCUGACCAUGCGCCCAGGCUCGGCCUCAGCCCUGGAGCUGCUGCGCCAGCCCGCCCUGCGCCGCCUCUUCCUCUGCCUCUCCGCGCUCUGGUUCGCCACCAGCUUCGCCUACUACGGGCUGGUCAUGGACCUGCAGGGCUUCGGGGUGAGCAUCUACCUCAUCCAGGUCAUCUUCGGAGCCGUGGACCUGCCUGCCAAGUUUGUGGGCUUCGUGGCCAUCAACCACCUGGGCCGGCGGCCGGCCCAGAUCGCAGCCCUGCUGCUGGCGGGCAUCUGCAUCCUGGCCAACGGGGUGAUACCCCAGGAUCAGUCCACGGUCCGAACCUCCCUUGCUGUGCUGGGCAAGGGCUGCCUGGCUGCCUCCUUCAACUGCAUCUUUCUAUACACUGGGGAGCUGUACCCCACAAUGAUCCGGCAGACCGGCCUGGGGAUGGGCAGCACCAUGGCCCGUGUGGGCAGCAUCGCGAGCCCCCUGGUGAGCAUGACCGCGGAGCUCUUCCCCUCCAUGCCUCUCUUCAUCUACGGCGCUGUCCCCGUGGUCGCCAGCGCCGUCGCCGCCCUCCUGCCGGAGACGCUGGGCCAUCCCCUGCCAGACACGGUGCAAGACUUGGAGGACAGGAGGAGAGGGAAACCGCAGCGCCAGCAGCAAGAGCAGCAGAAGCAGAUGGUCCCGCUCCAGGCCGCGGCGCAAGGGAAGAAUGGACUCUGAGCACGGAGAACGGGCCCCACAGAGCCCACAGGGAGCGCCCGUCCUGCAGGGCCUGGGCCACCCGCACGAGGAGGGAGCAGGGGCGGUGGCUCAGGGGGGCCCCUCCCAGAUUCCACCGAGA